AUGUCCGUCUGCUCCAGCAACCUGAGCUACGGCAGCCGCGUCUGCCAGCCCGGUUCCUGCGAUUCUUGCCCCGACCCCUCCUGGCAGGUGGACGACUGCCCAGACAGCUGCUGCGAGCCCCCCUGCUGCACCCCCAGCUGCUGCCAGCCCAGCUGCUGCACCCCGACCCCCUGCCUCACCCUCGUCUGCUCCCCACUCAGCUGUGCCUCCAGCCCCUGCUGCCAGCAGUCUGGCUGCCAGCCUGACUGCUGCAGCUGCUCCCCCUGCCAGCCGUCCUGCUGCUCUAGCUGUGAGCCCUCUUGCUGCUCAUCCUCCCCCUGCCAGCCGUCCUGCUGCGUCUGCUCCCCCUGCCAGCCGUCCUGCUGCGUGCCCCUCUGCUGCCAGCCCGUGUGCUGCAAGCCCGUGUGCUGUGUGCCCGUCUGCUCUGGGCCUUCCUCCUCCUGCUGCCAGCAGUCUAGCUGUGAGCCCUCUUGCUGCUCAUCCUCCCCCUGCCAGCCAUCCUGCUGCGUGCCCCUCUGCUGCAAGCCCGUGUGCUGUGCGCCCGUCUGCUCUGGAGCCUCCUCCUCCUGCUGCCAGCAGUCUAGCUGCCAGUCCGAUGGCUGCAGCUGCUCCCCCUGCCAGCAGUCUAGUUGUGAGCCCUCCUGCUGCAGCUGCUCCCCCUGCCAGCCGUCCUGCUGCCCCGUGUGCUGUGUGCCCGUCUGCUCUGGGCCUUCCUCCUCCUGCUGCCAGCAGUCUAGCUGUGAGCCCUCUUGCUGCUCAUCCUCCCCCUGCCAGCCGUCCUGCUGCGUGCCCCUCUGCUGCCAGCCCGUGUGCUGCAAGCCCGUCUGUGCCUCCAGCCCCUGCUGCCAGCAGUCUGGCUGCCAGCCUGACUGCUGCAGCUGCUCCCCCUGCCAGCCGUCCUGCUGCGUGCCCCUCUGCUGCCAGCCCGUGUGCUGCAAGCCCGUGUGCUGUGUGCCCGUCUGCUCUGGGCCUUCCUCCUCCUGCUGCCAGCAGUCUAGCUGUGAGCCCUCUUGCUGCUCAUCCUCCCCCUGCCAGCCAUCCUGCUGCGUGUCCCUCUGCUGCAAGCCCGUGUGUUGUGUGCCCGUCUGCUCUGGAGCCUCCUCCUCCUGCUGCCAGCAGUCUAGCUGCCACUGCUCCCCCUGCCAGCCGUCCUGCUGCGUGCCCGUCUGCUGCAAGCCCGUGUGCUGCUACAGGCCCUGCCCCUGCGUGUCCCUGCUCUGCCGCCCCGUGUGCAGGCCCGCCUGCUGCGUGCCCAGCUCCUGCUCUGCCUCCUGCUGCCAGCCCAGCUGCUGCCGCGCGGCCUCCUGUGUGUCCCUGCUCUGCCACCCCGCCUGCUCCCGCCCGGCCUGCUGCCAUGUCUCCUUGGGACAGAAGUCCUGCUGCUGA